CGCGGCGGCGCUGGGGAAGCGGCGAAGAGGAGUGGCCCUGCCCUGGAAGAAUGCGGCUCUGCCGAGGGGGCAGAACCCGACGCAGUCUCCCCACGGUCUGAACAGCCCGAGCCCAGGCUACCCAACCGCGCCGGUGGCGGACUCCGCACCAGAGCAGCUGGAGGCCCUGAUCGAUCUGCCCACCGGGGCCUUCGGGCCCGGGAUUCGACAUGCGGGAGGAGCCGCGGCCGCGGCCUCCGCCCUCGGGCCUCGCGGGUCUCCUGUUCCUGGCUUUGUGCAGUCGGGCCCUAAGCAAUGAGAUUCUGGGUCUGAAGCUGCCCGGCGAGCCGCCGCUGACCGCCAACACCGUAUGCUUGACGCUGUCGGGCCUGAGCAAGCGGCAGUUAGGCCUGUGCCUGCGCAGCCCCGACGUGACGGCGUCCGCGCUUCAGGGCCUGCACAUCGCGGUCCACGAGUGUCAGCACCAGCUGCGUGACCAGCGCUGGAACUGCUCGGCGCUCGAGGGCGGCGGCCGCCUGCCGCACCACAGCGCCAUCCUCAAGCGCGGUUUCCGAGAGAGCGCUUUUUCCUUCUCCAUGCUGGCUGCUGGGGUCAUGCAUGCGGUAGCCACAGCCUGCAGCCUGGGCAAGCUGGUGAGCUGCAGCUGUGGCUGGAAGGGCAGUGGCGAGCAGGAUCGGCUGAGGGCCAAACUGCUGCAGCUGCAGGCUCUGUCCCGGGGCAAGAGUUUUCCCCACUCCCUGCCCAGCCCGGGCCCCGGCUCAGGCCCCAGCCCUGGCCCCCAGGACACAUGGGAAUGGGGUGGCUGUAACCAUGACAUGGACUUUGGAGAGAAGUUCUCUCGGGAUUUCUUGGAUUCCAGGGAAGCUCCCCGGGACAUCCAGGCACGAAUGCGAAUCCACAACAACAGGGUGGGGCGUCAGGUGGUAACUGAGAACCUGAAGCGGAAAUGCAAGUGCCAUGGCACAUCAGGCAGCUGCCAGUUCAAGACGUGCUGGAGGUCAGCCCCAGAGUUCCGGGUGGUAGGGGCAGCCUUGAGGGAGCGGCUGGGCCGGGCCAUCUUCAUUGAUACUCACAACCGCAACUCCGGAGCCUUCCAACCCCGCCUUCGUCCCCGUCGCCUCUCAGGAGAACUGGUCUACUUUGAGAAGUCUCCUGACUUCUGUGAGCGAGACCCCACCAUGGGCUCCCCAGGCACGCGGGGCCGGGCCUGCAACAAGACCAGCCGCCUGCUGGAUGGCUGUGGCAGCCUGUGCUGUGGCCGCGGCCACAACGUGCUCCGGCAGACACGAGCUGAGCGCUGUCAUUGCCGCUUCCACUGGUGCUGCUACGUGCUAUGUGAUGAGUGCAAGGUCACAGAGUGGGUCAACGUGUGUAAGUGAGGGUCCGCCUCACUGAGGGGCUGGGGAAGGGGAGGGGCACCUUUGCAGCCUUUUGCUCUGAUUUCUGUCCAGGGUCAAUCUUGGCCCCUGGAAGCUCAAAGUAUCUACCUGGAAACAGCUUUGGGGGUGGUAGGGGUCAGGUGGAGUCUGUGAUGUGUGGCCUUCUCCCCCACAGUAGGAGGGCUUGAGAGGGAGCUGUCACCCUCUUCUGCUCCUUGAUCAUCCGAAUGGACUAAGAUGAAAUGAACUGUAUUGCCCCCCUCUACCCAUCCUGGGGUCCCUUUAACUCUCAUUCACACUCCUUUUGGCUGGGGAGUCCCUAUAGUUUGACCACUCUUUUCUUUUGAGGGAUAGCCCCAGGCAUUGUGUGGAGCCAUAAGACCUGUAUCCAGAAGGAGACCACUCACUCCUACUUGCUGUUCCCAAACUCCUUUACUGCAGCCUGGGCCCCCUCUUAGGGAGUAAUGGGAGAUGGUUGUAGAGAGGUUUUUCUUAGGGAAGGGACAGAGUACAGGGCACUCAAAAGCCCUGAAAGUUGUCUGUCUAGGCCCUUAGGGAAGCUGCCCCCCCAAUUCAGAUGUUAAAGGGAACCCUCCAAAGGAAGAAUUUUACCUAAGAUUCUCUGAGCCUCUUUUUCUUUCUUCAGCACGGGGGG